AUGGGCCUGGAAUCAGGACACGAUGUCGUCCAGGCUUCAACCGCCCAGUCAUUUCCAUAUGGUCAACAGUUGGAAUUUUAUCAGCCCGCCGAAAGACCUUCCAACGACAGCCUAGAAGAUCCAGCCCUGCCGUUCGGUCAGGCUCCAGAGUUCUUGUGGAACCCCGCUUCGUUUCACAAUACACUCAUAAACAGCGAAGUCACUUUCACAGGACCCUCUCCUACCGAAGGAAUAAACACAAACUUCGUAGCACGGGAUGAGACAGCGGCUCUUCACUAUGGCUUCUCCGAGGACCACAACAAUACACCGGUGUCCUACGACGAGCAUGAUUCCAUCAACUAUGGUGGAUGGUACGAUGACAACUUUACCUGGCCCAGUUGA